GGUUUAAACGUUUCUAUCUUGUCGGGCGGAUGGUGGCGCAUGCGCACGUUAUAACUGAUCCAUUGUAAUUUAUUAAUAAUAAAAAAAAGUAAAAAACUCUACUACUUUUUGUGCCAUUCAUAAUUUUUCAUUACGAAAUUGAAAACGAAUUCAUUUGAGCAUAAACUUACAUGCUUACAUAUGUAUAUACGAAUUGAAUUUCGACGACUAUAACUUGCAUAUGUUCUCAUAAAUGUGCGUAAGUGUGUUCAGAAGGUAAAUCAGUGCCAAAGAGUUUAUAAACUGAGUAUUUUUAAGACUUAUGAACGACAGGAACAGUGUACAUUAACCAAAUACGAAAUUAAAUAAACUUUUUUUUGCAUAUGGAAAAAACCAACAGCUGCUAAUACCGUCUGCUCUAAGCAAUAAGUUGUUGUGGCUCACCUGGUGGGUGGCAAUGCAAAAACGAAAGGCGUGGAGUACAGCGACUAAAAAUACUGGUUAGAAUUCAAAACAUAAAUGCAUAUAUGCAUACAAAUUUACGUAUUUUCAUACAUACAUACGUAAAGCAAAGUAAAACAAAACACACAAAUAAAGUCGAUUUAAAACUGGUAGCGAAAACUAGAAUUUCUGUGACAAUUUUUUACACAAAUUUAUUUUCAAAUUGCAGCGAAAAGUUAUAGCAAGACAACUGGUAUAUAAAACGUGCCGACAUGUAAAAAAAAAUAAAGAUAAAUAAAUAUAAAAACAAAAAAAUAUAUAACAUCAGUAAACAACGACCAACUCAAUGCACCACAAAUGUUUCAAUUGAUUGAUUUAGUUUGAGGAAUAAAGUGUAAUUGCAAUAUAGGAGUAACUCAGAACAGCACAACUGCAUUUCUUACAUAUGUACAUACAUACAUAGCUAAUAGUGAAAAUAUUUGUAGUGAAACGCGAAUUUAUAUUUGUGCGCCAACUUGCAGUGCACAUUUGCACUUCCGCUCCAGACUACGCACUACGUACGACAAGAAGAACAGCCAGCGACGCAGCGCCCACCUGUUGAUCAGCGGCUGCAGUUUAUUUACGACGUGGCGCCCUCUCAGUUUUGAAGGCAACCGAGAACUUUGCCGUUUAUUUUCGCGAAAGUCUGCAAAACUCAACUCAGGUUGCAGAUGCACGCGGUCAGCAUGUAACCCACCCAAUUACAAUGAAAUGAAUGCACACGACAAAUGCGUUCACUACACACACACAUCUACAUGCAUACAAAGUGUAUAAGCUUAUGCAUAUAUACUUUUGCGUAUAAGCUUCAGCUGCAUUUAUGCAAAGAAAUAUAAAUGUCAGUAAAGCUAUUUGAAUGAAAUUAGUCUCAGGUACCGUUAAAUGUUACAAGCACAAACGCCAAACCUCAGGAAAGAAAAGAAGAAAACAAACAACCAAAAUCGACCGGCCAACCAACCGACCGACCAUUCAAUAAGUCAAUCAGUCAGCAGACUAUAAAGUAAGAGCAGUUACAUAGUCAAAAUGGACUCACGCAUCGGACUGGAUUACAUUGUCGAGAAUCGUGAAUAUAUUUCGAAAUUGGGCACUGCACUAGACACCAGUAAUGCUGUCGUUAAGAAGCAAGUUUUCGAAUUGUUAUCCGCGUUGUGCGCCUACAACGCCGACGGUUAUGCUCGCGCUAUUGAAACAUUAGAAUUUUACAAGAAUCUCAAAAAUGAGCGUUAUCGAUUCAAAAUCGUCAUAAACGAACUGGAAAAAACGUCCAAUGUUGAAUACCAAGUUGCCUUACUGGCAUUCAUCAAUUGCGUGAUUAUAUCAGCAUCAAAUCUACAAGAUCGUAUUAGAAUACGCAAUGAAUUUAUCGGUUUAAAAGUACUACCAUUAUUAAAUAAUUUAAGAAAAGUCGCACAGAGUGUGGGAGAUAUUAUUGUGCAAUUGGACGUAUUCGACGAGCAGCGAGAAUGCGACGAAGCGCAGAGUCUACAGGGCCCAAACGGCAUCAACUUAAACUCACAUCUUGAUGUAUUCUACGCGAUAUUACGACAGGUGGCCGACACGCCACAGGAAGUGCCAUUUCUAAGUAUACUACAACAUUUAUUACGUAUCGAUCCCAAAGAAGCGAUCAGUGAUGUGAUCUGGGAUACGACAGAAAAAUUAGUACAUCGUGCUACAUUGCUCGAGAGUCAUGAGGAUUCGGUAAGGCUAUUACGCUCCCCGAGCGUACAAAAAUUUUCCUGCCCACAUUGUCGUGGUGAUGCAACCAGUCCUAGUCGCAAGAAUGCCGCCGCCUCACUCUCUACCUCAGCUUCGUCACAGCUGCAUAACGGACCGCUAUCACCGAUAUCAUCGACACCUCCACUACUACCAUCAACAUCGACACCGGUACAUAGUAUGGUUACUCCACCGCCACCCGCACCGCCACCACCAAUGCCGCCACCUCCAUUAAGUGGAUUUAUCGGUGUAGCGCCACCACCACCCCCGCCGCCUAUUAUGAAUGGCAAUUGUCUUGUAGCACCACCCGCACCGCCACCAGUACCCGGCGCACCACCACCCGCUCCACAGCCACCAGGUGCGGGUAAUUCGCUCAUGAACCAUGCACAUCCCAUACGUCCCGUCACUCCUGACAUGUGCAUGAAUGGCCAAAAUUUAAUACUGCUACCACAACAGGAUACGCCAGCUCCGAAGUCGAAGAUGAAAACCAUCAAUUGGGGUAAAAUACCGCCAAACCGUGUCAUUGGAAAGCAGAACAUUUGGACAAUUGUGGCUAAUAACCAUCAAGACACUCCAAUGACAGAUAUCGAUUGGAAUGAAAUGGAAGGGCUUUUCUGUCUGCAGUCGACCAGUGCACAAGGCUCACCAAAACUAGGCCGGGAAAGUAGUGGUAGCUCUGGUUAUGACACGCUCGAUCGCAAAUCUAAGAAGGAGAGUACUGAAAUAACACUGCUCGAUGGUAAACGCAGCCUAAACGUAAACAUCUUCCUCAAACAAUUCCGAAGUUCUAAUGAAGAUAUCAUACAAUUAAUAAGAGAUGGCGAGCAUGAUGAUAUCGGUGCUGAAAAGUUACGUGGUUUGUUAAAAAUACUUCCCGAAGUUGAUGAAUUGGAUAUGUUGAAAACCUUCAAUGGCGAUAAAAGCCGAUUAGGUAAUGCGGAAAAAUUUUUACUACAGCUUUUGGAAGUUCCAAAUUAUAAACUGCGUAUCGAAAGCAUGCUGUUGAAGGAAGAAUUCGCUGCGAAUAUAAGCUAUCUCGAUCCGUGCAUCAACGCAAUGAUUUAUGCAGGUGGAGAUCUAAUGAACAACGAAAUGCUGCAGGAAGUGUUGUAUAUGGUUGUUAUAGCCGGCAACUUUCUCAACUCGGGCGGCUAUGCUGGUAAUGCAGCUGGCGUCAAACUCUCUUCCCUACAAAAGCUCACCGACAUACGCGCCAAUAAACCGGGUAUCAAUUUAAUACACUUCGUGGCUAUGCAGGCAGAGAAACGCAAUCCAGAACUAUUAAAAUUUCCGGCACAGUUGACUGCUCUAGAAAACGCAUCAAGAACUACGGUCGAGCAAAUAAAUAACGAAAUUAAUGCACUCGAUAGUCGUAUACGAAAAAUCAAGAGGCAAAUCGAACAACCAACAACGGAGGACGAGAUUAAAGAACAAAUGUUGGAAUUUUUGGAGGGUGCCGAACGUGAAGUGGCUGUGCUGCAGGCCAAUAUGAAAGAAGUGGAAGCAAUUCGUUUAAAAUUAGCAGAUUUCUUUUGUGAAGAUGCAGCCCACUUUAAAUUGGAGGAGUGUUUUAAAGUAUUCCAAUCAUUCUGUGAUAAAUUUAAACAGGCUGUGAAAGAAAAUGAGCGACGACAGCAAUUAGAAGAACAAGCAACGCUUAGGCGUAAGCAGCGUGAAGAACAGCUAGCUAAACGCGCCAGACAAAUUAGUCAAUGUGGUACACCAGUAUCUGAUUCGGAAAAUCAAUGUAGCAUCGAACGUAUGUUCGAAACAACCGAUGGUAUAUCGCCCAGUAUUACACCGAAUGGUAGCAUACGCAAAAGACGACCUAGUCGUGUUUUACCCGAGGAAGAUGAUCUUAUGGAAUUUCUGCGCACAUCCGGACAUGAACAUAUUAGCAGAGACCGAAAGGCAUAUGGAAGCCUGGAUCGCUCUUGGGCUCGUCGUGCACGUUCUGGAAGCUCCAGUCGAAAACGUCCCGAACUCUUAAAUGUCGACUUCAGCGAUGAACGUGAACGUGCCAGUUCGCCUGCGCCAAUGUUGAAUUUAGACAAAAAAUCGCCAUCUUCACCACAAGCUGGUGGCACAACAACACCUUCUCCCACGCAGCAAACCAGCGAGGAUACAAAACCGAGAAUAUCCCGUGAAUUCCGACAAAAAAUCGAAAAUUGGCUGCAGUCCAACGAGAACGAUGAGAAACAAAACGAAGAAUUUAAACGCAAGCGACGUUUGGUUAACAGUAAUAGGCGAUCGCUUGAAAACGAAACAGAUAGCGAACGAAAAUUGGAUACAUUACCGGAGGAGAAAAUCAUACCUACCACUCCAACCACAACGACUUCUACUAAUGCACAAGCUUGCAAUAAAAAUACUACCAACGCUAACAACAAUAAUAAUAAUAACAACAAUAAAAACUGCAAUAACAAUAAUACUGCUAAUAACUAUAAGCGCGUGUAUCCCGACUGGAAACCCUCGAAAACGCUUGAACAAACCGAUGUUGUUGGCACAAUACAGGCAAUCGCUGAUGUGAAUGAUGCGAGAGAUAAAUCCCAUUGGCGUAAAGGGAGCCGAAAUAGUGAACUUUCGAAAAUUGACAAUGAAAACUCUCAAGAAUGCCAAGCUUCUAAAACUCAACAUUUUACGACAGCUGAUGAGUUGCGCGAAUAUAGACGGCAACGUUCGUUAGAGAAUACGGAAAAGCGUGCCUCGUCACUGAAAUCCAUUGAGGAAGAAGAUCGGCGCAGAUUAUAUAUACAGAAACUUGGUGAGCUCGACCCACCUGAUCGAUUGCGCAUUUACAUACGUAAACCUUUGGAGAAGGACGCAGAGGAUGUCGCAGGCAAUAGAACAAAACAAAGAUUAGAUGUUUUAAAGUCACCAUCUCCACCUGCUGCAACAACAGUUCUUGUGAAAACAAAUAGCGAUACCAAAGUGAAUGAUGAUAAUCGAACAUCACCGCAAAGAAUACUAUCAAGCAGUUCAUGUAAAGGAGAAAGCAUAAUAAAAGCCGAUGAUGCGCCAACUCAUCAUCACAAUGAGCUCAGAAGCCGUCACAAUGAAAAAUAUAGUCGCAAAGAGAUUGACGCGGACAAUAUAGAAACGCCACCGGUGACACGUCGUGUCAUCGCCACUCCAAAUAAGACUUUAGUCACCAUAAAUGGUUUAGAUAAGAUCAAUUCCAACCAGCAAGCAGAGCACCAAAAUAAUCAAGAAUCUAAUGAUCAAGACAUACCAGGAUUCUUUGACCGCUACUCGGCAACUAGACGAACAAGGCGUUACAAACGUCCAACAGAUUACAGCAGCGGCAAUGAAGACCUUUUGUCAACUAAAGAAACAAAUGAAUUGAAUGAUGUACGGCAGUCAUCGAGUGCUGGCGACAUGGUUGCGCUGCACAGCAAAGUUCAAGAGAUACCUGUGAAAAAUAAUACUCAAGCAGAAAAACUUGUAUUGGAUGAACCAAAGCCAUCCAUCAAACCAUACGCUGAACGCACGAUCACUAAGUUGGAGAAGGUUGGGCGCCACAUUAGCUCCAUCAAUCAAGAAGAUGUACAAGAAGCCAUAAGGAAUCUCAAAUCACCGACCAACACGCCAGAGCGCAUAUGGAGUCCAACACGUGACGUGUCCAAUCCGCAUAUAACAGGUACAUCUACGCAAAAUACCACUCAUAGCACGAACGGUGGCGCUACGAUCAUUAAAUUAUCAAGCCAUGAACUCAAUGACGAAGGCUUUGAAGAGACUCAAAGUCUUGUAUCGGAUACGCCAUCACAAGGCAAGGAGAGUACGAACUCCUCUUGUAAUGGUGUCACCGAACACGUCACGCCGCAUACAAGAACCAUAAUAACGAAAACUGCAACACCAAAAUCCACCACCUCCAAAUACAGCACGAAUCGACUUGCAGAUCGCCUACAAAUUUCCAAGCUGCGCAACGUGCUGCCACAGAAAUCUCAACCUCCAUAUACCCCGCAACAAAAUUCGAUACGCCGCACUCCAAACUCAGCGCCAAUAGAUCGCAGUCGCUCCUUCCGCACAACUAGCGGUCUAACAGUUGCGCAACCUAUACUCGGCGGUUCUGGCAGCAAUACAGCAAGACGGGCACAUUCGAUGCGCCGACCAGGCAACGCUCAUCAAGACGCAACACAAAGUGUCAAUACUUCACCAAUACAUGCAGCUCGACGCGAUGUAGAACGCAGCAGUUCACGUAAUAGCCUCCGUUCGUCGCGCUCAUCCAUUAACAGUGGCGCAUCGACUAAUACAGUGCGUCGCAUGCCAAUAAUGGUGAGCAAAGCGCCGCUGCAAACGGUGUCGGUAGAUUCGUCGCCCAGCAAGCGCCCACUUACAAUGCAAAAUAAUGUACCACCACACAUGCGCAUCGUUGCUAAUGCGUCGGCGAAUCGCACGCCCGUACCGGCUAGUCGCAGCAGUAGUAGUGGUUCCAGCAUUGGGCAGCAUGUGGUAGUGGUGCGCAAAGUAACGGGUAACUCCGGUGGUAGUGGUCAACGCUCUGUGCAUUUGGGCAGUGCGAGUUUUAAAGAAAAUCAAACAAACUCCAUGCCAACGCGCUCAAAUGUUGCUCGAAGUGCCGUCCUAGUCAAAGCGACCAUGUCACAACAGGCCACACCGCAGACGACACACACGCGGACGAAUAGUAGCACCAGAAGUAGUUCGAGCAGUCGUGGUAUGAGCAGCUUUAUGCGGCCAACAGCGUCUAGCGCCACCAAGAGAACCAAAUAGGAUUGAUAGGGAAAAUAACAACAAAUUCAUAGUAUGCAUAUAACUGCGUGCUUAUACAUAUGUAUGUGCAUUAGGGAUGUUCGUAUAUUGAAUUUUCAUAUUAUAAGACUUUGUCUAUUUUAAUCGAAGACGCCCUCCCUUAAAGGUAAAUUAGAUUUAAGGUGAAACAGAUUAAAUUACAUGAUUCUAGUGCACAGGCAAUUCGGUCUAUAGAAUAGCAGCAUCUUAAUUAUAUUAAAAAUAUGCGUACAAACUAUUUUUUGAAUAACCCCACACUCACUGAUAUGAAUUCGUAUGCUGUAAGUAAUUCGUUUCACCUUUUUCGUGAGUUUUAUUUUUUUAACUUUAAUUCGGCUGAGUUUUACUAUUGAGUAACUAUAAAUUUUCGACAUGCUAAAAAGCGACUGAAAAAUGUAUUUGAAUGUACCCCCUCCGCAGACUGACUCGAAAAGUCAUUAUCAUUAAUGCACAUAAUAUUUUUUCUUUACAACUGCUUUAACGUCUUUAGUUGUGGUGAAGAAACCAAAACCAGCUGAAUUUUAAUGUUUAAAAGCAACAUUCACUAUUUGCUGACUUAUUCCCCAUAAGUAUUGUUUAAUUUAUUUUACCAAAAAAUCACUUAAAUAGUUUGCUUCCAAAUUUAUAAAUACGAUUUUUAAGUUUUUUCUAGCUUCCAAAAAAAAAAGUGUAUUAUUCAAAUUACAAGGGCCGUUUAAAAAGUCUGUGCAAUAAGAAAAACCAACUUAAUUGUUUGGAGUAAACCCCUUUUUAUUUUCCGGCAUAGUCUCUUUUUAGGCUUAUACACUUCGUACAAUACUAUUCUUGAUCCCUUCCGAAUAAUAAGUAGGAUUUGUCCAAGUCUGAAAAUAGCUAUUCGUUUCU